AUGCGGUAUCAAAUUGGGAGAAUUGGUAGUGAUCCAAUAGUUAUCGGUGAACAAGUCGACCCCACCUACGAAACAAAAAACGUUUGUAAAAUACCGUUGACAUUGGCUCUAACAUCAUKUGGAAAAUUUCAUUGCACGGCUGUAUAUGCAAAUUUAGCUCAGAAAAAAAAAGUUAACAUUUAUAAUUAUUUGAGUGUUGCAAAAAUGAAAGAAAUGAAGGAAUCUAGAAAUGCACUUGUGAAGAUCAUUAGUUCAAUAUUCUAUCUCACUAGACAAGGGUUACCUAUACGAGGUCAUACAGAUGAUAAUUCAAAUAUUUUUCAGCUAUUGAAAUUGCGAUCAAGUGAUUCGUCAGAAUUAAAUAAUUGGCUUUUACGUACAAAGUUCAAAUGGAUAUCUCACGAAUAUUUUGCUAUUAUUAUGGAUGAAACUACAGACAAUUCUUGUACUGAACAAGUAUCAAUAUGUUUUCGUGUCGUUGAUGAUAGUUUGGAGGUUUCAGAACUUUUUUUAGGAUUUUAUAACACCGAAUUAACUAAUUCUUUGACAUUAUUUACUUUGAUCACUAAUGUUUUAACAGAAUUUAAACUAUCAGUUACAGACUGUCGAGGCCAGUGUUAUGAUGGUGCUGCAAAUGUAAGUGGUCAUAUUACUGGCCUUCAAAAAAGAAUAACUGAUGUAGAAAAUCGAGCUAUAUAUGUUCAUUGUGUUGCUCAUACUUCUCCCAAGAGGCAGGCUAUGUUCCAUGCUCUUCAAGCUGAACAUGACUCUAAUUCCAAAUCACUCAGACCAUUUUGUCCAACUAGAUGGUUUUAUGCUAACCACUCGCCGUACUCGAACGCCGGGAGAAGACGUUCAAGGUUCAACGCGACCAGUCCUCGUCCUGGAUUUCAAUCGAYCGACUCAAACCAGCAUUCAUCGCACGAGACGACCCGCUAG